CUACGUGUGCAUUAAUCCUUGUUAAUUUCACACCGGCUAAUCUUAAUUUUAUCACGGUGUAGGCUUUUUUAUAACCACUAAUUUGAAGUAAUUUCGUUACAACAGUUUCCGGCUAGAUAGUGAGCACAAUCCGGAAGCGCACACAAGCGCCAGUACUCGUCGCAGUCCUCGCUGACUGCGCCCGUUCCGUGUGGCGAUCAUUUCGUACUUAAAGAUGGUGCUGCUGCCAGUGCUUGUUCUUCUGUUGUCCGGAAUAGAGCGUCUAGUGCAUGCUCAUCCUAAUGAACAUCCUGAACCGGAUGCGUCGCAGUCCAUCGCCCAGCAGGCUUUCCGGCAGUUAUCAAAACGAUCCGUGCUGGAUUGUCUGGAUAAUCCCGAAUCGAGAAACCUCCAGAAGCGUGCUGCCGAUCGCCGACAGGCGCUGUUCGAAACGCUGCGUGCUGAGCAUCUGUUAAAACGAGGUCGCACAGUACGGGACACCGCCACAGCCUUGAUCACCAGCCACCGCUCCAACCAGACCGGAUUGAACCAGAACAGCAAUCCUUUCGGCAGCAGUGUUUCCUGUACACUGACGCCAGAAGUGGAAGUGGGACCGUACUGGGUCAGCGGCGAGUUCAUCCGGAAGGAUCUCCGGGAAACCCAGCAAGGUGUUACGCUGUUUCUCGACAUCCAAGUCAUCGAUACGAAAUCGUGCAAGCCGAUGUCCAGUGUGUAUGUGGAUGUGUGGAACUGCAAUGCCAGCGGCGUGUACGGCGGGAUUGUGGCAUCCGGCAAUGGAAACGCUGCCGAUCUUAGCAACCUAAAUACAACAUACUUGCGCGGUUUACAAUCGACCAACACUGACGGUGUCGUGCAGUUUGUCACCAACUUCCCGGGUCAUUAUCCCGGUCGCACCAACCACAUCCACACCAUCGUGCAUCUCAACGGCACGGUUCUGCCGAAUAAUACAUACGGCGGUGGAACGAUUCCGCACAUUGGGAACAUCCUCUUCGACCAGACCCUGAUCAGCGCCGUGGAAGCCGUGACCCCGUACAGCCAGAACACCGCCCAGGUUACCACCAACGCCCAGGACCGGGUGUUCGUCCAGGAGACGGCCAGUGCCAAUGAUCCCGUGGUCAAUUACGUCCUGUUAGGAAGCGGCGUCCAAGACGGGAUAUUCGGAUGGGUAACGCUGGGGGUAGAGUCCACGGCGGAUCAAGGGAGUUUAGCUAGUGCGCACUCCAUCUGGACGGCGAGUGGAGGUGUGGAUAAUCCGAAUUUUAAUGGAGGAUUGCCAGGGCUUGGGAGCGGUGGACUACCGCCCGGAAUGGGAGGAUAUGGUGCCACGGGAGGGAUGGGCCCGCCUUUUGGAGGGAUGGGUCCUCCGAAUGGUGGAAUGGGACCUCCUAAUGGGGGAAUGGGACCCCCCGCCGCGACUACAUCUCCUCCCCCAAAGUGCUCUUGA